UUAGAAAAGCGAGAGCCCAUGUGGGUUCAAUGUUGAUUUCCGUGGACGAAAUGUGUGCCAACUAGUGUAAAGAUUGUAACAGUGCGUCAUAGUUAGUCAAUCUAUAUAUUCUUAUCAUGUCGUCUUUCUUUAUAAAGAAAAAAGGACCGCCAAAGGUUUUCAAAAAGAACGAGAAUUCAGCAGGUUCAAAACGAAAGGUACGGAGCUAACGGUAACUAGCCACACGUAGCCUAGCACUUAGUUUGCGACCUACGUAUUACAAUGCUAUCUAACACGUAGCUUUCGUUUAAUCGUUCCAACGGAUGGUUGCAAAAGAUCUCCUGCCACCAGAUGUGUCAGAGAUUCGUCUGUUGAGGGGCCACAAGCUGCCAGUCACCUGUCUGGUAAUUUCUCCCGAUGACCAAUACGUAUUUUCCGCUUCCAAAGACUGCUCCAUCAUCAAAUGGGAUGUUGAGAGUGGUAAGAGACUUCAUACGAUAGCUGGUGGGAGGAAAGGAACAGAGGAUCGCCAUGUGGGACAUACGGCCCAUGUCCUAUGUAUUCUAUCAUCGGAUGGCAAAUACCUGGCUACUGGAGACAUGAAUAAGUUGAUCGUGAUCUGGGAGGCAUCAACAUGUAAACACCUGUACAAGUUUACAGGACAUAGAGGCCCAGUAUCGGGCCUAUCCUUCAGGAGGGGCACCCAUGACUUGUACAGUGCUUCUCAUGACCGCUCCAUCAAGGUGUGGAACGUGGACGAAAACGCCUAUGUGGAAACACUGUUUGGUCACCAGGAUGCGAUCACAGGGCUGGACAGUGGGAGUAGGGAGCGCUGUGUGACUGCAGGGGGGAGGGACCGCACUGUGAGGGUGUGGAAGAUCGCUGAGGAGUCCCAGCUAGUGUUCCAUGGCCAUGAGGGCUCCAUCGACUGUAUCCAGCUCAUUAACGAGGAACACAUGAUAACAGGCGCUAAUGAUGGCUCUGUCUCCCUGUGGAGUGUGAACAAGAAGAAGCCUCUUAGCAUGGUGAAGGCAGCCCACGGUCGGCAUGGCGACUCAGGACUGGAGCAGCCCUACUGGGUAGCGCCCGUGGCAGCUCUGCAGAAUUCUGACACCGUAGCCUCAGGUUCCCACAACUCUAAGGUGCAGCUGUGGAAAUGUGUUCAGGGGUUCCGUCAUCUGGAGCCUCUCUUCGGCAUCCCUGUGAUUGGUUUUGUCAACAGUCUAAAGUUUGGGAAGUUCCUGGUGGCAGGAGUAGGACAGGAGCACAGGCUUGGUCGAUGGUGGAGACUGAAAGAAGCGAAGAACGGACUCUACAUUAUUCCUCUGAAACGACGACAAGAAGAGGUGAAUGGGGAGUAGCUGAUCUGUGUAUGCCUUAGAAUAUAAUAUGUAUGACAUUUGAUUUUGUAAAUUAAAUUCCUUCCAGAAAUA